AUGUGGGGGAGGGAGGUUGGCGUGCUGUUGCGCACCAUGGGCCCGCUGCUGAUUGGAAACGUCCUGCAGGCGACUAUCAGCGUGUCGCAGGUUGCCUCGUCGGGGCAUCUGGGUCGCAGCGAGCUGGCGGCAAUUGGUUUGGCACACAUGGUGGUAAUCCUAACUGGGUACCCGAUUGCGUUCAGCACGCUGAGCUGCCUGGAGACGUGCGCCAGCCAGGCGUUUACGUCGUCGCAGCCAAAGCUGGUCGGCGGAUACUUUGUCAGGGCGCUGCAGGUGCAAUGGAUUGCAGGCCUGGGCUUGGGCGCCUUCUGGUUCACAUCGGGCCCGCUGUUGGCUCGUAUUCUGCAUAGCGCCAGCGAUGCGACUGUCGAGCUAGCCGUCGAGUACCUGCGGUGGUAUUUUGUGCCCUUCAUGGUGUUCUCCAAUCAACUCUGUGCCCGCCAGGUGUUGUUUGCGCAGGGCAUAACAAGCCCGCUGCCGUACCUGACGCUGCUCGGCACGUUGACUACUGUGGGUGCGCAGUGGCUGCUGGUCUGGUCGCCGUACUUCCGGCUCGGGAUAAGCGGGAUUGCGCUUAGCAAUGGCCUCAGCUACCUGCUAAUGCUGUGUGCGACGCUGUGGGUGAUCAGCCGCAACAACAUGCAUCGCAUUUGGGGUGGCCUUGGCUUCCAUGCGCCGUGGCUGCCGUUCCUGCGCCUGAUGUCACCGUGCCUGGUUCUGGCGCUGUUCUCGACCGGCACCAACGAGCUGAUUACCAUGGCCACCACGCAGCUUGGCGCCAGCAGCCUGGCGGUGCAGUCGGUCUUGUCGGCGCUCGGCCGCAUGUUUAUGAUCUCUGCGUCCAGUGCCGGCGUUGCAUCGCUGAACCGCACGGGGAAUCUGAUCGGCGAGCGUGCUGUGCGUGGCGCCUGCAUUACCGCCCAUGUCUCGCUGUGCAUCGGCCUAGCCAUUGCCGUGCUGGGCGGGCUGGCGCUGGCGCUGGCGCCUGAGCUCUGGAUCGGCAUGUUCACUAGCGACCCAGCGGUAAUCGAUGAUGCUGUGCGCCUGCUGCCGGUCGCUGCAGCUGCGUAUGCGACACAGGCGGUGUCGUUUGUUGGCUCGCAGCUAAUCUCGGCGCAGGGGCGCCAAGGGCUCGCAGUGCGCAUCAAGACGAUCACGUUAUAUACCAUUGGCGUGCCACUCGGGUACUACUGGACCAUGGUCGAGGACUACGGGCUGCUGGGACUGUGGGCGGCGGUUGCCGUCGGCCAGGCAUUCACAGCAGCGGCUGAGGCCAUCGUGCUCCUGCGUACGAGGUGGCCGGAGCUUAUCGAAAAGUGCUCCAGCACCAUUACCAGCAGCGCCUAA